UAAGACUGUAGUAGAGACGGUCGGCAACGUAUUGCUGCCACUCUGUGUAGGCGGAGAGGGUCUGGCUACGCGAGACUAACUCUGUUCAGCUGUCACUCACUCAUCUGACCUCCACAAAAGCAGAAACUUCAGCAAACACUCACAUCCGGGAGUCGGCGGACGUCAUGACUACAGAAUUGGCCGAAACGAACGCGCAAUUACGAGAUCUCGCGUCGUCGAGCUCGAGUCGAAGACGCAAGAGUCUCAAACCUAGGCGUUACGUCACAGACGAGGCGAACGGCGAUACUUCCGUCGUCACACGUCUGCAAGAGCGCGACAAUUGUCAAGCAUCUGGUCUCAGUGUCCAACAGCCGGUCGGUCUGUCAGAGAGUUAUAUCGCUCAUGUGUCAGGCGGAUCUGGAAUGCCGCCCAAUGAGCGUCCGAGUCACCAAGGCGCUAGGAGCCACAGUGGGCGGAGCAUCUCACCCACCGGAUGUCUGUCUGCAUUUAGACAAAUAUUACAAGCCGGAAGCGAGCAUGCAGACAACAUGAUUGCUAACGAGUCUGUCUCUGGUGGCUAUUUGCACGACGAGUCGGCAAUAAGCAGAGUAGUUGGUCUGAGUGGGAGAACACAGGAGGUCGGUGAUCGAGGACAGAUUUGUGAGAUUGAGCAUCCAGAGUUGUGGUUGAAUGGGCGGCACCCCGACUUUAUACUCGCAAACCAGCUGAUGACUACUGAGAAUGCUAAACAGACGAUUUGUGCGAGCUCUACGAGAGAACAGUCUGUCACAAACUGUGGGAGGGAACAGCCUGUUACGAGCUGUAGGAGUUCCGUUGUGGACUCAGACGUAACUGUAGGGUCUGUAAGCACAUGUAGCAGCACGAGACAUAGUCAGAGUGGACACACGAAUGUUUCGGGACCACCGACUGCAGCAUCGAAUCGUUUCAGUGGCUAUGCGUUGUCUGGAAUAAUGAGACAGUGGCAGCAAAACGAAUUACAGGGGACGGUAUUGUAUGUGUCAAAAAUGCAUCAAACUAUGGCAGUGAUUCAGAACGAUUUAAGCUCGGGCAGUAGACGUUCGCAAUCUACGACGAAGUCGAAGGUUAAGGAAGGUUGUCAGAAUCAAGGAAAUGAGAGAUAUGGAGUCGGGAUGUCGGUCAUAGUCUAUCCGCAUGAGCAGACGAGUCGAUCGGGUUCUUGUUCUCAAUCGGCGACUUACUCUACGGUCAUGCCUGUGCCGUUUGCCAGCCAGCCUACUCGCAUUGCUGGAGUUGCAACAGGUAUGGGUAAGGCAUCGCAGCAAAGUGACGACCAGACGUCUCAUCGUGGUACAUGUACUCUUCCUGAACAUGAAAUUGUAGGAAUAGUGACGUUGAAUGCUUCAGCGGCAGGACCAGGAGAAGAUGCAACGCUUGCUAGACGACGAGCACUAAAACGACUAAGAUAUAGGAUGAAUGCGAACGACCCAGUUUACAUGGAGCGCGUGAGAGCAAAGAAACGUGAACGAUACCAUGCACGGAGACAGGAUCCGGAGUAUGUUAUGAGGGAGAGGGAAAAGAAGCGGGAAAGAUACCACCGAUCGAGACAGGAUCAACAGACAGUGGAAAAAACGAGAGAAAAGAAACGCGAGUUAUACCACCGAGCGAGACAGGAUCCCAACUGGGUCAACAAAACACGAGAGAAAAAGAAGGAAAUCUAUUACCGAUCGAGACAGAAUCCCAACUGGGUCACGAGGAUGCGAGAGAAGAAGAGAGAAGUGUAUCGACGUGCGAGAGAGAAUCCCGAGUGGAUCGAGAAGACAAGAGAAAAGAAACGCGAGUUGUAUCACCGAGCAAGACAAGACCCUCUCUAUGUACAGAAACAGAGAGUUAGAAGAAGCAACAAAGACAAACCAGCAACAAACAUGGCUGCCCAACGAACAUCUGGAACUCACAGCAACGAAUUCCAACGUUAUUCUACAUAUACAGACGGUUUGGAAAGUCAGCAUGCUUGGGGGAUUCGGCACAACUCGAUGGUAGUAAACGUGCCAUCUCUUCAGGGGACCGUAGAUGGCGAUUUGUUGCAUCCAGCAGGGAUGAGUGACACAGACCGAUCACACCCACAUUAUGUUGUCACGGCUACCGAAGAGUCAAGACGAUCACAACUUUUUCAAGUUUCUCAACAGCAAACGGGUGAUUCUUCUGUGUGUGACAACAUUGAUGAGACUAAUGCCGUACCAUGUGCUACUGGAAAUGUGAAGGAAGGUGAUGAGAACGACGACUGUGAGGGUAAUUCGUUGAAGUUGAAGUUGGAGGCGUGGAAACGAAUGCAAAUAAAGAGAAAACAUGCUGACGUUGUUUAUCGAGCAAAGAAGUGGGCUCGAUCACACAAGCAGAAUCGCCACAUGGAUAUCCUAAAUUCGUCACGGUUUGAUAAUAGAAGAGAGACGUAACAAGCUCUGGCAGUUGCAAUAUCAAUGACUGAUUGUAACGUCUGCACAAAGUUAUUUUAUUUCGUUAGACAGGAAAUAGCGGCCGAACAUGAUACGAUUACUAAAUUUUUCACUUACUUCUCAGCUGUCUGUCAGAUCAACUUGUAGUAGUGACUUGACUUGCUUGAUGUGUAAUAAUAUUUAAUUAUUAUUUGUAUUGUACGACUCAUAGAAAUCAAUCAAAAAUUUUAUUGAAAGAAAGAAAAAUA